AGCAGCCAGAUAUCCAUGCACGCCUGACCGCUAGUCUACUUCCUGGAUGGAAGAAUGGGACGUUUCCAGCGGCACUUUUCUUCGCGUCGUGCAUCGCCCUUCGUUGCGCCGUCGCCACGGAUAACCACUUAAUAAUGACCACGUGUAAUCAAUAAUAUUCGACCACUUUUUUUCUCCCCCCCCUGUAGUUAAAGACAGCGAUUGAUCGCCGAUUGACCCCUCCACACUUCGGGAAUGUCGCUAUCUGGAAGCCCGCUACAGGCACGGCGGAGUCCAACAGAUUUCCAACUGUUUUUGCACAGCUGCGGCGUGCGCAGCGUUUUAUUCCUCGAAGCUAAAAACAGCCGCUGCUCGGACCGGAGGCGAACAAAUGUGUCCUUUUAAAAAGCAGUGACUCCGUCGCCUAACCGCCGACCAGGACUUUGAUGCUCUGCCUUCGUGGCCGCCGUGCCAACUUCGCUCCCAGCUUCGGUCGCGUGCAUGUGAUUUUUCUUUCUUGAAGAAGAGGAAAGACUGAAAAAAAAAAAAAAACUUUGUCACCCGUUGCCUUCUUGCGACUCUGGAUGAGUGGUCUAACAUGCGGAGAAUACGGGGACCGAGUUGCUGGUGGAUUUUAUCCUUAAUGUUUUUAACCUUGCCCAAACACAAAGACUGUCAUCCCGUUGCAUCGGGUGGCCAACCGCAACAUGCUGGAGACGGACGCCACGGGAGCGCGGGCGAAAUGAGGGAGAGGAGGGCAGUUGGUGACCCCUAUUGGUCCUAUUCAGGAAGCCAUGGACCUCGAGGCUGGGCAGCCUCAUACCCAGAAUGUGCUGCGAAGAACCAAUCACCUGUGGACAUUGCAGAUGACCAAGCUUUGGUUUCGGAGGAGUUCCAGGAGCUGCUGCUCGAGAAGUUCAACACCGAGUCCUCCAACCAGACCACAAUGAAAAACACAGGAAAGACAGUUGCUGUUCUCCUGAAGGAUGACUACUUUGUAAGAGGCGCUGGAUUGCCUGGGCGUUUUAAGGCUGAGAAGAUGGAGUUUCACUGGGGCCAGAGUAAUGGAUCAGCAGGCUCAGAACACAGCAUAAAUGGCAGAAGGUUCCCUGUAGAGAUGCAGAUCUACCUUUACAAUUCGGAUGACUUUGACAGCCUCAGCGCUGCCAUCAAGGAAAGGCGCAUCAUUUCUGCCAUGGCCGUCUUCUUUGAGCUGGGGCAAAAAGACAAUCCUGCUGUGGACCCCAUCAUCCAGGGAUUGAAAGGAGUAGUGCAUCAUGAAAAGGAGACCAACCUCAAGUCGUUCAUCUUGAGGGAUCUGCUGCCAUCGUCAGUGGACAGUUACUACCGAUACACCGGAUCUCUGACCACGCCGCCCUGCAGCAAGGUGGUGGAGUGGAUCAUCUUCUCCAGGCCUGUGUAUCUCUCCCACUCACAGCUGGAGGCCUUUUACUCCAUCUUUACAACAGAGCAACAGGACCAUGUCAAGUCUGUCGAGUACCUGAGGAACAACUUCCGGCCCCUGCAGAACCUGGACAACAGAAAAGUCUUUAAGUCGGCUGUGAAAGACGCGUGGCAGAAAGACUUAACAGAAAUCGUGGGAAGCCCUCACAGCACCGAGGCUUCGAGAGUGUGUAGUAGUGCCCCAGUGAGCAUGAAGAUCCAGCCGCUGAACCAGACAGCAUUGAUGGUGAGCUGGGAACGCCCCCUGACCGUCUACCACCCACCCAUCACCAGUUACAUGGUCUCCUACAGCUGGGUGAAACGUGAUGUGGCUGACGAAAAGACUUUCACCAAGACUGGGGACCAGAGCAUGAAAGCAGUCAUCACUAAUGUGUCCCCUGACGUCCUGUACCUGUUCAGAGUGCAGGCGGUAUGUCAGCAUGACCUGCGCAGUGAUUUCAGUCAAACGCUGCUGUUCAGAGCGAAUACAACAAGAAUAUUUGAAGGGUCCCGUAUUGUGAAGACCGGGAUGCCCACAAUUUCGCCAGCGUCGUCAGCAGACAUGGCUCCCAUCAGCUCUGGGUCCUCCACUUGGACGUCCUCUGGCAUCCACUUCUCCAUUGUCUCCAUGGCAACAGGGAUGGGCCCCUCCUCGAGUGGCAGCCAGGCCACAGUGGCAUCAGUGGUGACGAGCACCUUGUUGGCAGGCUUGGGUGUAGGUGGCGGGGUUAUCUCUUCUUUGCCAAGUUCUGUUUGGCCCACACAGGCACCCCAAACCACGCAGAACCCCACCCGUCCAUCCGUCCCGCCUGCAAAGUCCAGCACUGAGCAGGCAGCACCCCAGGGCUCCGAUAUAGACACCUCGUCGGACAAUAAACAGGCUGCAAGUGAGGCCAAGGAGGAUGAAGAGGAGGGGGAGACAGAAGGAGAGCAGGAGGAGGAAAAGGAUGAGAAAAAGACAAAGAACAAGAGUUCACCUGAUAACGAGGAAACUCGAGCGAACAGCACCGCGGCCAAAGAGCCUUUAAUCCCCACCCCCACAUCCACAGCCAAAGAGAAAGGAGAAGGGAAGCCGACAGUCAAAGGCACCACCGUACCUGCAGGCACUGGGGACGACCAGUUGGAGGACGAUGUGGAGAAGAAUCCCACAGAUGUGAAUGCAGUCUCCACUCAGGAGCCCCGUAAUGACAGUGCAGAGAUGCAGAUCCCCCAGAGCUCCACACUGUCUCCAAAGAUCAGCGGCGAUGGGAAGAGCCUCUGGCCUUUCUCCGUACACACUGACAGGACCGUCUUGUCCAACGUGACCCGAACCCCACACGCGGGGAUGUCCAGGAUGGUCUGGAUCGUCCCUUUGGUGGUGGUGUCAGCUCUCACUCUGCUGUGCCUCAUAAUGCUGCUGAUUGUGAUGGUCUACUGGAGGAGGUUUUUCCAGACAGCUCACUUCUAUGUGGAGGAGAGCAGCUCUCCUCGGGUGGUGGCCAAUGAGAAUAUACCAGUCAUCCCCAUACCAGAUGACAUGGAGGCCAUCCCUGUUAAACACUUUGUUAAACACAUCAUGGAGCUCUACAAGAACAACCUGCAAGGUUUCUCCGAGGAGUUUGAGGAGGUCCAGCGCUCCACAGCAGACCUGAAAAUCACAGCAGAACAUUCAAAUCAUCCUGACAACAAGCACAAAAACAGAUACAUCAACAUUGUGGCCUAUGACCACAGCAGGGUGAAAUUGCGAGCUCUGGCGGGGAAAGAUGCUAAACAUUCGGACUACAUCAAUGCCAACUAUGUUGAUGGAUACAACCGACCCAGAGCUUAUAUAGCUGCUCAGGGUCCUCUGAAGUCUACAUUUGAGGACUUUUGGAGGAUGGUUUGGGAGCAGAACACUGGAAUCAUCAUCAUGAUAACCAACCUGGUGGAAAAAGGCAGAAGGAAAUGUGACCAGUACUGGCCGACGGAGAACAGCGAGCAGUAUGGAAACAUUGUGGUGACGCUGAAAAGCACCAAAGUGCACGCCUGCUACACACUGCGGCGUUUCCUUAUAAGGAACACUAAAGUUAAAAAGGGUCAGAAGGGGAACCCAAAAGGGAAGCUAAAUGAGCGCAUCGUGGUGCAGUAUCACUACACUCAGUGGCCUGACAUGGGAGUGCCAGAGUACACCCUCCCUGUCCUCACCUUCAUCAACCGCUCAUCAGCAGCUCGUACGGCAGACAUGGGCCCCGUCCUGGUGCACUGCAGUGCAGGGGUUGGGCGGACGGGAACCUACAUCGUCAUUGACAGCAUGCUACAACAGAUCAAGGACAAGAGCACAGUCAGCGUCCUGGAUUUUCUCAAACAUAUCCGCACACAACGCAACUACCUGGUUCAGACUGAGGAGCAGUAUGUUUUCAUCCACGAUGCUCUGAUGGAGAGCAUCCUGAGCAGAGAGACAGAGGUCCCCGCCUGGCAGCUGCACAGUUACGUCAACAGCAUCCUCACGCCCAACUCGACAGGCCGCACGCAGCUGGAGAAGCAGUUCAGGCUUCUGACUCAGUGCAACACGCGCUUUGUGGAGUGCUUCAGUGCCCACAAAGACAGCAACAAGGAGAAGAACCGCAACUCCUCAGUGGUUCCCUCCGAGCGAGCAAGGGUCGGACUCACCACUCUGCCUGGAAUGAAAGGAACAGAUUACAUUAACGCAUCCUACAUAAUGGGUUACUUCAGGAGUAAUGAGUUCAUCAUUACCCAGCAUCCUUUACCCCACACCACCACAGACUUCUGGAGGAUGAUUUGGGACCAUAACGCUCAAAUUAUCGUCAUGUUGCCUGACAACCAGGGCCUGGCUGAGGAUGAAUUUGUUUACUGGCCGAGUCGGGAAGAGGCCAUGAACUGCAUCGCCUUCACUGUCACGCUCAUCAGUAAGGACAGACUGUGCCUCUCCAACGAGGAGCAGAUCAUCAUCCACGACUUCAUCCUAGAGGCCACACAGGAUGACUACGUUCUGGAGGUGAGACAUUUUCAGUGCCCUAAAUGGCCCAACCCUGAUGCUCCUCUCAGCAGCACCUUCGAGCUCAUCAGCGUGAUCAAGGAAGAGGCUAUGACUCGAGACGGCCCCACCAUCGUGCACGAUGAGUAUGGAGCAGUGUCAGCAGGCAUGCUCUGUGCCCUCACCACACUGUCCCAGCAGCUGGAGAACGAGGGGGUGGUCGACAUCUACCAGGUGGCCAAGAUGAUCAAUCUCAUGAGGCCUGGCGUCUUCACUGAUAUCGAGCAGUACCAGUACCUUUACAAAGCCAUGCUCAGCCUGGUCGGUAACACAGAGUGUGGCCUGAGCCCCAUGCACAUGGACACUAAUGGGGUGGUGGUGAUUGCAGACGAGUCGGACCCUGCAGAGAGCAUGGAGUCGCUCGUCUGAGGACAUUCCAACAGGCACUUAGUUUGUAAAAACUCGAGAACUUUUCUGAGGCCUUUUUUGCCAGACUAUUGAUUAAAUGAAUAACCUUAUUACUUUUUAUACUGAUAAAAGUUUUUUGAUAUUUAUGUUUUUGUCCUUUAUUUCUCGUCUUAAAUGUUAUCCUGCUGAGUGUUUGCACCUGUUUAAGUUGACAUGAGGAAAAAGCAGCUCUGUCCAGUUUGCACUAUACUAUCAGUGUUACUGCCUAAAUCCAGCGAGUGAAACAGUUUCACGGCGAAACCCCGGCGUCACGACGAAACCGGGAUCUUUGGACCGCAUCGAGACGCAGCCUGAAGCGCGAAGGAAGGGAUGAGUUACGGCGAUCCACCUCUGAUGUGACGUGUCAAAACAAAUCAUCGCAUCACGGCGUCGCCCAGCAUGCAUCAUGUCACUUUGCCACUUUGAUCAAACGAACUGUUUUGAGGCUCCGCUCCACACGGUGAAGCUCUUUAUCACACGUUAAGAGACUAUUACCUGCCUAAUAUUCACAUUCUGGUCCAGAUAUCUCACUGCUGUCUUGUAUAAUGUACUUGUGGCUUAUUUUGUUAAAAUGUGUUUCAACAUCUAAUGUGAACAUUUAUUGCUUUUUACAGGGAUUUAUAUUGUUAAAUUGUUUUGUGUGUGUGUGUAUAUAUAUAUAUACACACAUACAUAUAUAUAUAUAUAUUCUAUUCAAUACCCAGCCAAUAUUAUAUUUAUAUUUUCUUUUUUUAUGUACUUUGCCUAUUUGUCCACUUGCCUUGUUGUUUUUUUCUUUUUUUUAAUUCUUUAGCUUGUCAUAAAUUAUCAAAAAAGCUCCAUUGUUUUUUUUUUUUUCACCAUCUUUUUUCCAGCUUCUCUAACCUCAACUGUCAAAGCUCAACGGUUAACAAAUGUAACAGGCAUCUGUAUCGAUGCAGCUUGGUGUCUUCAGAAACUAUUCACCCCCCUCAAACCUUCCACGUUUUAUUGUUUCACAACAUUCAGUCAGUGGGUGUAAUGAGGAUUAACUCAACACUGAUGAAUAGGAGAAACAAAGGCCCGCAAAUUGAUCUCCAUUUUCAAAAGUUUUCACCCCCUUCAAGAUGAUUUUCACUGAAAACAGCUUUGUGAACAUUUGCAGUGAGUGUGUGUGGACGGGUUUGUGCGUCCGGACACGUCUGCAGUUCAUCACGUCAUCGAACUGUCGGGUUUAAUCAGGACUUCACGUGAGAAAAGAAUCACGUCCUGCCACUAAACUCUGGCCUCGGAUUGGUCUCGCCUCCAGGAUCGCACUAUAUCGUUGUUCUUAUUCAAUUAUAAAAAUACUAAACUUUAUCUGAAGAAAUUAGAAUGCAGCUCAAAGUGCUUCACAACAGAGGAAUCACAUGCACCGAGUGCUUCACACAUUAAAGAUAAGGAUGAACGUAAAAACGGAUAGAAAAUUCAUGUAAAAUAAGCUGCUGAAUAAAAGAUGUUGCUCUGUAGCUGUGGGUUUUUUAUAUUUCGUCUGAUGAAAAAUAAAUCAUCUUGCAGCUCUCUCACACAAAUCUUCCUGGAUUUCUUUAUAUUUAGCUGCCUUCGUCUUACGCUCUGCCCUCACAAGCCUGCUGCAGAGAGGCAUCCUCACCAGCCCCCCUGAGCUCACGAUGAGGACGCCGUGUUUCUGCAGAUGUGCCGUGUUUGCCUUACACUCCACAGAGCAUUUAACAUCAUCAGCCCACGAUCACGCAGUCUCCCGCUUCUGCGUCUUUGUCACCUUUCCAUUAAGCCGCGGCUGGUUAACCCCCCUGGACAAUGUCUCCUAUCUGAGCCGUGAAACCCUGCAGCUUCUUCCCAGCCCCCUUGGCCUCUCAGUGGUCUCACUAGUGCCCCCCCCCCCCUGCUCAGCACACUCACAUUUCGGAGCUGUGCCAACCUCUUGACAGUCAUAUUAUUCCAGUGCCUUGGAACUGUUCUUACAUCCGUCCCCUGAUUAGUAAUUCUCAGUAAACUUGCCACAGAUGUGUUUGGAGCAUUCAUUUGCCACUGGAUUUACAUCCAGGUAUAUUUAACCUAAAAUAAUUUGUCACACCUUGAUGGCACACAGCUCCGUUGAGCUUCAGCAACUGAUGAACGACAAAGAACGAUUGGGGGGGGGGGUCCUGGUUACAUCCACUGACACAAAGGUGUAAAUGAGUAAACAUGAGAAAUUCCAAAGGGGGGUGAAUACUUCCCACAGACACUGCAGUUUCUUUUAUAUAUGUGUGUGUGUGUGUGUGUGUGUGUGUGUGUGUGGGGGGGGGGGGUUGAUGCUUUAUUUGUAACCAAAGAUGUGGUUCCAGUUUGCGACCUGUAUGUGGUUUUGUCCUGAGAUCUAUUUAAUCUACUAGAAUUUCAAAUCAAAUCUGUUAAAUCUUGCAGCGCAAUUCGCUCGUGUCAGAGGUGUGAAUUCGUGCUUCUGUUCUCAGGAUUACACGCGGUAAUCAGAGUACAUGAAGCGUCCCUCACAUGAGACGGCGAGACUGCAAAUUCAGACUGUAAAGUAUAUUUGAUUUGGGCUGAUAUUCUGUCUUGGCGCGGUUUUGUGGCUGUUAAUUAUACGCCCUCUUCAACCCUGAACAUCCCUCUCUCUUGAUUGAAUUCUGUGUAUCCUCAUACUCUAUCAUGUACUCUAUGAUGAAAUGUUUUUCCUUCUCUGUGAACACCAACUUCUCUGACAAAGGGGAGUUUGCUAAAUUCAGUGAAAACUCUCCAACAUUUGGAGAAAAGUCCAGAUUUCUGAUCGCUUGGCUCUGCAGCAAAAGCUUUUCUU